AUGGCACUAAGCAACACCAUUAUCUCCAAUCCAGCAGCAAGUCAACCAACGAACAGUACGCUCAAAUUCGACCCCGCCAAAUGCCAGAUCGCAGGAUCUAACCCCUGGGAAAUCACACGGAAUGCUUUGAUCGACAGAUCCGAUACUGCUCCCACCACUCCCAGUCCCGACGAAAACAUGUGCAAGCUGAUAGCCUGGAAACGCUUCACGACAACGCAGAGCCAAUACGCAUGGGAGAGUCCCGAAGUCACCCUCAACCCGCAGGUCUAUUACUGGCUGUCUUGGCAGCUCAAAGACUCCAUCCCACAUAAUUGUGCGGUGUACACGUCGUCUCAAGAUGCAGGGUCACCACCAACCAAACCGAUUUAUAAUGAGUACUAUAGCGCAAGAGAUGGGAUCGUUCUUCAUUAUGAAAGUGCAACGCUCCUGAUGGUGACGGUGAAUAUGUUCAGAACCCCCGAGCGCGAGUUUAGGGAGGGGGAGGUGUCGUUGUUUGAAUUUGCUUAUUAUAAUCCUUUGACAGUGACGGCGCUGUGA